AUGAAAUUUUUCACUCCUGAAAUAUCCUGGCAUGGUCGAGAUCCACUGUACAGUGUAGAUCUGCAGCCAAUUGAUGGAAACAUUCAGCGUUUAGCAACAUGUGGCAUGGAUAUCAACAUUAUGAUUUGGAAAGUAGACCUGAAUAGUAAUGAUCUUGCUCGCAUUUCUUACUUAUCUACAUUGUCCAGGCAUUCAAAGACAGUAAAUGUUGUCAGAUUUUCACCAGAUGGAAAGUUAUUAGCCUCAGGUGGAGAUGAUUCCUUGAUUAUGUUGUGGCAACUUACUACACAUGAACCUGCGAACCCAGCAUUUGAUUGUGAUGGCGUAAUUCCCUCUGAAAGCUGGACUGUAGUUAAAUGCCUCAGGAGCCAUUUGGAGGACGUGUACGAUGUGGGUUGGUCGAAAGAUGGCAGUCAGUUGCUGUCGGGCUCUGUCGACAACGUUGCCAUACUUUGGGACGUCAAAAAAGGCGUGAAGCUGCACAUUUUUUCAUCUCAUAGAAGUUAUGUCCAGGGGGUGGGAUUUGAUCCAUUAAGCCGUUAUUUAGUCACUUUCAGUUGCGAUAGGUCCAUGAAAGUUUACCAAAAUGUAGAUUACAAAUUGUUGCAUGACGUUCGAAAAAUUUCGUUAGGAGGCAAAGAAUUCAAAAUCUUUCAUGAUGAUUCCAUGAAAUCAUUCUUCCGAAGGUUGUCGUAUAGUCCUGACGGUCAGCUGUUAGUGGUGCCAUCUGGAAUUAUCGAAAUAACAUCAAACACCAGUGACAACCAGGCAAAUACUAUCAUCAACACCACUUACCUCUUCUCUAGAAGAGAUCUAUCAAAACCUCUCCUACACUUCCCAGUUCCUCAUUCUUGUAAAGCCACAUUGGCGGUCAGAUUCUGCCCCAUUAUCUUCAAGUUGCGAGAUUUCAACAAAAUGUUUGUAAUUUUGCUGCCGCAUAGAUUUGUAUUUGCAGUUGCCACCGAAAAUUCAAUUCUAAUUUAUGACACUCAGCAGCCAACUCCCAUGUUCUCCGUCUCCAACGUGCACUACGAUAUCCUUAGUGACCUGACUUGGUCGUCCGAUGGCAGGCUGUUGAUUGCAUCCUCCGUUGAUGGCUACUGCACCUUGAUAAGAUUUCUUGAUGGGGAUUUGGGUGAAGUGAUCAGUAGUAACAUAACACCUGAACAGUUUUGUGUUGCUGAAUCAAUGGAAAUUGUACAAAAUGAUCAGGUUGGAUUUUAA